GGUGACCUCGGGGUGACCUCUAUGUGACCUGCGUUGUGCCGCCAUGCUGAUCAAGGAGUAUCGCAUCCCCAUGCCCCUGAGCGUGGAGGAGUACCGCAUCGCCCAGCUCUACAUGAUCCAGAAGAAGAGUCGUGAUGAGAGCUGUGGCGAGGGCAGCGGGGUGGAGAUCCUGGAGAACCGGCCGUACACGGACGGGCCGGGCGGCGCGGGUCAGUACACCCAGAAGGUGUACCACAUCGGCCAGCACAUCCCCAGCUGGUUCCGCUCCAUCCUGCCCAAGGCCGCGCUGCGCGUGGAGGAGGAGUCCUGGAACGCCUACCCGUACACACGCACGCGGUACACCUGUCCUUUUGUGGAGAAGUUCUCCAUCGACAUCGAGACGUUCUACAAGUCGGACACGGGGACUCAGGCAGACGUCUUCAACAUGUCCCCCGCCGAGAGACGUCAGAGGACUCUGGACCCCAUAGACAUCGUGAAGGACCCCCUCCUGCCCCACGAGUACAAGGCCGAGGAGGACCCGCGCAUCUACUGCUCCGACAAGACCAAGAGGGGUCCGCUGACGGAGGACUGGAUCGACGAGAUCACCUUCGACCCCGGCUCCUGCCCCGUCAUGUGCGCCUACAAGCUCUGCAAGGUGGAGUUCCGAUACUGGGGCAUGCAGUCCAAGAUCGAGCGCUUCAUCCACGACGUGGGCCUGCGUAAGGUGAUGGUGCGGGCCCACAGGCAGGCGUGGUGCUGGCAGGACGAGUGGUACGGUCUGACCAUGGAGGACAUCCGACAGCUGGAGCUCGAGACGCAGGUGGCACUCAAGCAACGCAUGGCCCAGUUCAGCCAGGAGGAGGCCGAUGCCAACGCGGGCAACGUGGGCGCGGGCGCGGGCACCCUGCCGGAGAGGGGCCAGGAGGCGCAGGAGGGCCUGGCGGACGACGAGCGCGAGACGACCCCGUUGGCCUCCACACACACAGACACGCUGACGACGGCGGCGGCCCGGGGGACCCUCACCAAGCAGUGGUCCACCUCCUCCAGGUCCUCCCGCUCCUCCAAGAGGGGAGCGAGCCCGUCACGUCAUAGCAUUUCAGAAUGGAGGAUGCAGAGCAUCGCUCGAGACUCGGACGACAGCUCAGAUGAUGAGGAGUUCUUUGAUGCCUAUGAGGACUUGUCUGAGAAUGAAGAGACCUUCCCCAAAGAGAUCACCAAGUGGAACUCCAAUGAACUCAUGGACAAAAUGGAUGCUGCUGAUUCAGAAGAGACUGCUGGUGAUCUGGGCGGAGACUACACCAGGGCAGCCAGUGAGGAGAGACUAGAGGAGGAUGACUCCUCCCCGCUCCCCCUGCAGGUGUGUAGCACACACGUGUUGGUCCUGGUGCUGCACGGCGGGAACAUCCUGGACUCUGGCGGCGGCGAGCCCAGCUCCAAGCAGGGCGACGUCAACACCCUGACGUCGGCGUUCGACUCGGUGAUGCGCGUCCACUACCCCUCCGCCCUGGGGCACAUCGCCAUCCGCCUGGUGCCCUGCCCCGCCAUCUGUGCCGAGGCCUUCUCCCUGGUGUCCAAUCUGAGCCCAUACAGCUAUGAUGAGGGCUGUCUGAGCAGCAGUCAGGACCACAUCCCUCUGGCGGCCCUCCCUCUCCUCGCCACCUCCUCUCCUCAGUACCAGGACGCCGUGGCAACCGUCAUCACCAGAGCCAAUCAGGUGCAUGCCGACUUCAUCAGGUCCCUGAAUGGAGCUGCCUUCUCAGGACAGGUGUGUUUAAUCGGAGACUGUGUCGGGGGCAUCCUGGGCUUUGACGCCUUGUGCAGCAGUGCUCAGACGGUGUGUGAGAGCCAGUACAGCAGUCGCCGUGGCAGCCUCGCCAGUGUGCAGGACCCUGAGCUGCUGUCUCCAGGCAUCGUGAUCAACUGUGGCCCCCCGUCGCCCACUCUGUCUCUGGAGGGCAGCCGGCAGCUGAGCCGCAGCAACGUCGACAUCCCGCGGGCAGCAGGGGGCGCCGAAGAGCAGUCGCGGCACAGCCUCCGCAAGAGGAGCGACUCUUCCACCUACGAGUUCGACACCAUCAAACACCACCACGACUUCCUCUCCAGUCUGCAGAGCAGUGUGAUGCGUGGAGGAGAAACAGGGUCCCGCAGGUCCAGCAGCAACAGCACCAUGCUGGAGGGCGGGGGGGCCAUGGGCAGGUUUGACUUCGACGUGGCGGACUUCUUCCUGUUCGGCUCGCCGCUGGGCCUGGUGCUCGCGCUGCGCAAGACCGUCGUCCCGUCGCUAGAGGUGGCCCUGAUGCGUCCUGCGUGCCAGCAGGUGUAUAAUCUCUUCCACCCCGCCGACCCGUCCGCCUCCCGGCUGGAGCCUCUGCUGGAGAGGAAGUUCCACCUGCUGCCUCCCUUCAGCGUGCCGCGAUACCAGCGCUUUCCACUAGGGGACGGCAACUCGGCUCUGCUGGUGGAGACGAUACAGAGCCAGGCACAGCUGCUGCUCGAGACCGCCCCCCGGUGUUCGGAGGCUGCCAGUGAGACCAGCAUCGCCGUUCCUGUGCUCAGCCUGCAGGAUGGCUUUCUCAGGGCGCCCACGCCCUGCCCUUCUGAGUCGGAUGUUGUUCAGUCUCAUGGUGGCGUGUUCGUGGACAGUGUGUCCUCCCCCUCCUCCCCCCUCACCGCACCCCUCUGUCGUGUCCAACGGCGGCCCAGUGAGGUCAGCAUGGCCAGCCAGGUCUCAGGGAUGGCAGACAGCUACAAUACCACCAACAUAGCUAACACCUCGGCCAGAUCAGAUGCAGUCCAGCCUUCCAAAAAGAGCGGCCUGCUCGCUCAGCUGGCCUUGUCGUCCUCUCAAGCCUCGGCCAAGUUCUUGUCCUCCCAAGCCGGCUCGGUCAGGUUCUUUCUCAGGAGCCCCCCGUUAUCCCGUAAAAGGGGAGUGGCCAAAAACUGCUCCACGAGACCACAAGUCACAGCUCCCGAUCAUCCGGUUCCGGGACAUGUUCUAGAACCGGUUCUUCUUAAGUCGGAACCGGCGCUCAAACUGACCUCAGAGACGGAGGUCUGGACGCCGGACGAAGACUUGUCGCCAACAGCGGGUUUCAACCGAGCCGGGUCGGCAGCUCUGGACUUUGCCAUGUGUGAUCUGGUCUCUUUGGACUCCUCCUGCCCCGACCUUGACCAAGUGGCCGCACGCUGGUGGGGUAGCAAGAGGCUGGACUUCGCCCUCUACUGCCCUGAUGCGCUCACGGCCUUCCCCACCGUCGCCCUACCUCACCUCUUCCACGCCUCCUACUGGGAGUCCACGGAUGUGGUGUCCUUCCUGUUGAGACAGGUGAUGCGUCAUGAGAACUCCAGCAUCCUGGAGCUGGAUGGGAGGGAGGUGUCGGAGUUUACACCCUCCAAACCGCGGGAGAAGUGGCAGCGCAAACGGACCCACGUGAAGAUCAGGAAUGUGACCGCUAACCACCGAGUGAAUGAUGCUGUGCUUGCUGAAGACGGCCAGCAGGUGGUGACAGGGCGCUUCAUGUACGGCCCGCUGGACAUGGUGACCCUGGCAGGGGAGAAGGUGGACAUACACAUUAUGACCCAACCCCCGGCGGGCGAGUGGGAGUACUUCAGCACGGAGGUGUCCAGCAGCAGCGGCCGCGUAGCGUACCCCAUCCCAGAGGACCGGAGACUGCGUGCGGGGGUCUAUCCUGUCAAGAUGGUCGUCAGGGGAGACCACACGUUUGCUGAUAGCUAUCUGACAGUCCUGCCCCGAGGAACAGAGUUUGUGGUCUUCAGCAUUGAUGGCUCCUUUGCUGCCAGCGUGUCCAUCAUGGGCAGUGAUCCCAAGGUCCGAGCUGGAGCAGUGGAUGUGGUCAGGCACUGGCAGGACCUGGGUAAUCUGAUCAUCUAUGUGACGGGGCGUCCCGACAUGCAGAAGCAGCGCGUGGUGGCCUGGCUCUCCCAGCACAACUUCCCCCACGGCAUCGUGUCCUUCUGCGACGGCCUGGUGCACGACCCGCUGCGGCACAAAGCCAACUUCCUCAAGUCCCUCAUCAGUGAGACACACAUGAAGAUCUGCGCUGGCUACGGUUCCACGAAAGACAUCUCCGUCUACUCCAGCAUCGGCCUCUCGCCCUCACAGAUCUACAUCGUGGGCCGGCCGUCCAAGAAGAUGCAACAGCAGUGCCAGUUCAUCUCGGACGGCUACGCGGCCCACCUGUCUCAGCUGGAGACCGCGCACCGCGCCCGGCCCGCCAAGUCCAGCAGCUCCCGCAUGGUGCUACGCAAGCCCAGCUUCGGCCUGGGCACCAGCGGAGAGUUCCUGCGCAAGAGCAACCACCUGCUGCGUACCAUCUCCUCCCAGCCCGGCCCCGGUGCCACCCCUGGCACCACCCCCACCCCCGGUGCCAGCGCCAGCUCCAGCUCCAGCUCCCAGAGCCAGGGCCACGGGCGGCCUGAGCGCACCAAGAGUCAGUCGGACGGGCAUCAUACCGAGCGGGCAGAGCGGGCACAGGCGCAGCGCAGCAUGAGUCUGGCCGCGGGGUGCUGGGGGCGCAGCGGCAGCGGCAGCGCCAAGCAAGACAAGCUGGAGCCCGCCGCCGCCUUCCACCCAAAGAACUAGCAGGAGCGUAGAAGAGUGAGAGAGAGAGAGAGAGAGAGAGAGAGAGAGGGA